AUGUUUCGGUUCCUCGCUAAAGACCGCUCACAAAGGCAGCGGCUAGAGCUGCAGAAGGCGAUGGCAACCUUUGCUUCGCCACAGGAGCCUGAGGCCCCCGCUCCGAUGGAAGAAGACAUUCCGUCACCAGCUGCUAUGCCGCGGCGGAAGUCCGUUCAACUGGAGGAGCUUGAACGGCCGUCUCACCGCCGAAGCUCUGCUGCGGGGAGACAGUCUACGGUUAAAGAGGAACAAGGUGGCCCGUCCGGCAAUGAUUAUGCAGCCUUGUACGCUCCUCACGACGACCCAUCACUCCGACGAAGCUCGCUGGAUUGCGUCCGCUCUGCGCGUCGUUCCGGCGCUUCGCUGCCUCGUGCGAACGGUCCGUUUGGUGCUGCGUGUGAGAGCAGCGUUCAGGCUCAGCCUGAUGCGGCUUACAGCCAACAGCGAAGUUUCGAUAGCGAGGAUGAAGUGAGCAGCGGGCCCGGCGGAGGGGUUCAGUCCCGGCCGUCGAGACGGCACCAGCAGAGCAAGUUAGGGCAACAGGAGCCGCGGAGCAACCCUUUUGACAACGAGAUGGAGGAUACGCAAGUAGUUCCCGGGCAAGGCGAUAUCGCCAGAAGGAAUGCCCAUUAUUAUGCGGGUGGUUGCGGUCGCACGGCCGUUGCGGAAGGGCCGUCGGCGCAAGUAGAUAACCGGUUCUGCGACAUGUCAGGAUGGGGAGUAAUGGAUCAAGCGCUGCAUCCGGCGGGGUUGAUGCAGGCGCGUGCUGCUAUGGUGGUUGAGUGUGAGCAGGGGAGUGGAGAGGGGCAGGGGAGUGGAGAGGGGCAGAGGAGUGGAGAGAGGAACGGGACGGAGGGGGAUGAGGAGGCAAGAGGAGGAAUGGGAGUGGAUGAGGAGGGGAGUGAGGAGGGGAGUGAGGAGGGGAGUAAGGAGGGGAGUGAGGAGGGGAGUGAGGAAGAGGAGGCAGAGGAAGAGGAGGGGGAGGAAGAGGAGGCGGAGGAAGAGGAGGGGGAGGAAGAGGAGGCGGAGGAAGAGCGGGCAGAGGAAGAGGAGGGGGAGGAAGAAGAGGAAGAAGAGGAAGAAGAGGAAGAAGAGGAAGAAGAGGAAGAAGAGGAAGAGGAAGGGGAGGAAGCGGAGGAGAGGGAGGAGGAGGAUGAUCACAUUGCAACGCCAUCCUCACCCGCUACUACCGUCCCUGCUCCAAGGACUCCCAGCAUCACUCCCCAUACUCACCCUCGCGUUUCUGGGAAUGCAUGCGGAAAGCGGCGCCAUGCAGAUGUGUCUGAAGCUGCUAAUCACGGGGCAAACUCGGGGGGAGAUGAAAAUGGCGGAGUGCGAAAGAAGGCUAAAUGGUCCCGUUGGUCGGGGUUCACUCGGGAAGAAACGUUUGAAGUGCGGAGAGCUGCUGCUAACGGGCUGGUGGAUGUGAUGGCUUCUGGGAUGGCUGCCGUUCGCCACCUGGAAGAGUUUGUUAAGGACGUGGCGCACGAGCAGUUCGAGAAGAGCCACGGGCCGCACGGCCAGAAGCUGACGCUGCUGCCGCUCAUCGCGCUCAUCUUCUUCGAGGUGUCUGGCGGGCCGUACGGCGUGGAGGACGCCGUGAAGUACGGCGGGCCGCUGCUCGCCAUCCUGGGCUUCACCGUCUUCCCCCUCAUAUGGAGCGUGCCAGAGGCCCUGACCACCGCGGAGCUAGGAACAGCCUUCCCGGAGAACGGGGGCUACGUGGUGUGGGUGUCAGCGGCGUUUGGCCCAUUCUGGGGCUUCCAGGAGGGGUGGUGGAAGUGGCUGAGCGGCGUGAUAGACAACUCGCUCUACCCGCUGCUCUUUCUCGACUACCUGAAGCGCGAGCUGCCUAUCUUUGGCGGCGGCCUGCCUCGCAUGGCCGCGCUGCUCGCAAUGACUCUGGUGCUGACAUACGUGAACUACCGCGGGCUCACGAUAGUGGGCGCCACUGCCAUCGCGCUGGCAGUGUUCGGGCUGCUGCCCUUUGUGGUCAUGGCGCUGCUCGCCAUCCCCAAGAUCCAACCCGCCCGCUGGCUGGUGGUGGAUCUGAACCGAGUGCAGUGGCGGGGGUACUUCAACACACUCUUCUGGAACCUCAACUACUGGGACUCCGUCAGGUGGGUGCUCCGUCAGGUGGGUGCUCCGUCAGGUGGGUUCUCCGUCAGGUGGGUGCUCCGUCAGGUGGGUGCUCCGUCAGGUGGGUGCUCCGUCAGGUGGGUGCUCCGUCAGGUGGGCACUCUGUUGUCUUCGUUUCAACCACGGCUGUCUGCCUCACUCAUUUCAACCUCCCACACCAUCCACUUUUCUUUCUGCAUCCCCUCCAUCCUUUCCUGCCGAAUGUGUGCCAUUCUGCUUGCACACACCCCCCCAACCCCCCCCCGGCCCUCUCGCCACCAUAACAGCACGCUAGCGGGCGAGAUAGAGGAGCCGAAGCGCACCUUCCCGCGGGCGCUCAUGGGGGCGGUGGUGCUGGUGGUGGUGUCGUACCUCGUGCCACUGCUGACAGGCACAGGCGCCGUGCCCUUCUCCCCAGACGGCUGGGACGACGGGUACCUGGCGGUCGUGGGUCGCGCCAUCGGGGGCGGCUGGCUGGCCUGGUGGAUCGCAGCUGCGGCUGCAUUUUCCAACAUGGGCGCUUUUGAAGCUGAGAUGAGCAGGUGUGUGUGCGUGGGGCGGAGAUGUGUGUGUGCUCGCUGCUCACAGGCACGGGCGCCGUGCCCUUCUCUCCAGACGGCUGGGACGAUGGGUACCUUGCCGUGCGACGCGUUUCAGCUGCUGGGGAUGGCGGAGCGCGGCAUGCUGCCCGAGGUCUUCACGUACCGCUCACGGCACGGCACGCCCGUGCUGGGCAUACUGUGCAGCGCCACGGGCAUCCUGCUGCUGUCGUGGAUGAGCUUCCAGCAGAUCGUCGAGUUCCUCAACUUCCUCUACUGCUUCGGCAUGCUGCUCGAGUUCGGGGCCUUUGUGGCGCUCCGGGUCACACAGCCCGACCUGCCUCGGCCAUACAAGAUCCCGGUGGACACUAUGGGAGCAGUGCUGCUGUGUCUGCCGCCCUCGCUGUUGCUGAUUCUCGUCAUGGUGCUCGCCUCCUGGCAGACCGUCAUUGCCAGCUCAAUAGCAGCGUUGGUGGGACUGCUGCUGUACCCGCUGCUCAUGUGGGCGAAGCAGCACGGCGUGUUCAAGUUCACUCAGGACCCGGGCCUGCCAGACGUUGCCCUCAUGGAGGAUGAGGAUGAGGGCAGUGAGGGCGAGGACGGGUUUGAUGGGGCGGCAAGUAAAAGAGCGAGUGGGAAGGAGGACGGUGGGGCUGGUGUGCGGGAUGGGGUUGAUGGGGAUGGUAAUGUGGGUGACAGUGAGAAUGGGUUGCUGCUGGGGAAGGGGCAGAGGGAGAAGGGUAGCAGCAAGGUGGUGCCGGUGGAGUGUCCGGGGGGGUCUGAGGGGUUGGUGCGAGCAGGAUCAGGUGAUGCGGUGCUCUCGGCAUGUGAGGGACAGUCGCCUCCUGUCUUGGUGGGGUCGUUGCCAAGUGAUGGGCUGUUAGCGCACCAAGUCUUGUUGGAUGGGUUGUCUGGAGAUCGUUCCUCGCGAGCGCAUUGCGACGUCAUGGCGGCGCACAAGCCCUUGUCGACGGGCGGCGCGGCGGCCUCAGAGUUCUCGGACGUGCCGGGCGGGGCGAAGAGCGUGACGACGAGGGUGAUGGAGACGGGCGCGAGCGCCGUGCAGCAGUUCGGCCCCAUCCGCCAGAUCGGCCAACAUUUCUGCGCGUCAGUCCUGCCAGAGGACCCUAGAUCGUUCCACUACUAUGCCAACGACAUGACGCGACAAGUCGAGGCGCACCACUACUGCUCGCACGUCUCAGAGGACGUGCACCAGUGCCUCGUGUACGACUCCGACCAGCCCUCUGCGCGCCUCAUCGGCGUCGAGUUCAUCGUCUCCGAUAAGAUCUUCCUCUCGCUGCCCGAGGAGGAGCAGCGCAUGUGGCACUCGCACGAAUAUGAGGUCAAGAGCGGGCUGCUCAUCAUGCCGGGCAUGCCCGCAGUGGCAGAGCUGCCUGUCAUGAGCAAGCUCGUGAAGACGUUUGGCAAGACGUGGCACUUCUGGCAGUUUGACAGGGGUGAUGCGCUGCCGCUGGGGGUGCCGCAGCUCAUGGGGGCGUUCUUUGCUGACGGACAGCUGAAACCGGAACUGCCUAAAGCGGUGGAGCAACGAUACAGGGUGCAGCUGGAGGAGAGGCGGCAGAUGCGAGCAGACCUCACGGGCCCUGAGCUCGCUGUGGACCGCUUAGCGGAGCAGUUUGAAAGGGGGAUGGGGUACGAGACGCAGCUCAAGGAGUGUCAGCUGCAGUGGCAGGAGCGGACGGGCAAGGGCGGUGUGGGUGCUGCUGGUGUGACAGGUGGUGUGGGCAGUGGUGACAAGGAGCACGCGGAGCAGGCAGGGACAGACACCACAGGUAGCGAUCGUAAAGCUAGGAUUGGAGGCUGA